AUAGAUCGAAAUAUCAAGUAAGGUCAGCCCUUUUCGACCUUUUUUUUUCGUCGGCUGUGGUGAAUUUACAUUUUCUUUUUAAUACCUAGUAGGUUAAAACUUACAGUUCAUUAAUCAUGUUCCGUAAUAUUUCUACUGCGGUGAAAGGAUGUACCGAAGUCGUGGCGACCACAUCCACCAAGGCGCCGUGCCCAGGUAAACCGUCUAAACAAAUUGUGCCGCCUAGGCCAAUCUACCUGACCAACUUCACCUUGCAAAGUAAUCUGUUGUCCAAGAAAGCAUUAACUUCAGUCACCGCGACCCAAAUUCGUUUGGUCCACACCGAUUUCAAGAUUCCAGAUUAUACCGAUUACCGUCGUAACUCUGUGAAGGAUCCGAAUGCUUCUAACCGCGACACAUAUGAAAGUCGAAAUGCCUUUACUUACAUGGUUUUGGGUACUGCCGUCACUGGCACAAUGUUCUGCGCCAAGGCAAUUGUUCACAAGUUUGUUUUGUCAAUGGCACCAGCUGCCGAUGUCUUGGCCAUGGCGUCCAUAGAAGUUAACCUUAAUGAUAUACCGGAGGGUAAGAAUGCAACCAUCAAGUGGAGAGGAAAGCCCUUGUUUGUUAGACAUCGUACAACCACCGAAAUCGAAGCUGAGCAAAAUACCUCUCUGGCUGAACUCAGAGACCCGGAAGACGAUUCUGUCAGAGUUCAAAAGCCCGAAUGGUUGGUAAUUGUUGGAGUAUGCACUCAUUUAGGUUGUGUACCAAUUGCCAACGCAGGAGAUUGGGGUGGUUAUUACUGCCCGUGUCAUGGUUCACAUUAUGAUGCAGCUGGUAGGAUUCGUAAAGGACCUGCACCAACAAACAUGGAAGUACCACCUUAUAAAUUCAUUAACGAUAAUACACUUCUAGUAGGUUAAUGUGUAAUUAUUCAAGUUUUUGUCUCUAGAUGUACAUGUACGUUGUUAACAUUUUUUUAAAUAUAUGUUAUCUUGCUAUCUGAAAAUUACUUUGUUUUUAAAGUCUAAAAGUAUGAAAU